AUGGAACAGGCUUUUCAAGUGCCGAGACUUCAUCUUGAUACCUUUCUCGUACAACCAAAAUAUCUUGAUUUCAUUGAACCCCCUACGGUUCCUUUUCCUCCCCCAAUAUGGUGUUUGCAACAACCUCCUCGAUCAAUUUCAUUAAUGGACGUGUAUAAGGAUCAUGUCCUGAUUGCAACGCAUACGGUCGAUCAAAAGGCAUUUUAUCUUCUUGGACGGAAUGCUGCAGUAUGUGACAUUGUCUUGAGUCACUGUUCAAUCUCAAGACUUCAUGCAACUAUUGUGCAUCAUGAAAAAGGCGCGACCUAUUUGGUAGAUCUUGGAUCUGCACAUGGAACUUUUGUGGAUGGAUCAAGACUGACAGCUUUACAGCCGACGCUUGUGGUACAUGGUGCUGUGCUUAAAUUUGGGGCAUCUUCGCGUUCAUAUACGUUCAAGUCGUUUGACUCUCGUGAGCAAAUUGCAGAACUCAUCAGCAGUCGGGUGGGUCUUCCACGUGAAGAGCUGGUACUGCAGAAGAAUACGCUACUUAAUUCACAGAUUUCGCACCGGUUGGAACUCUCACCUACGAGACGCAGCAUGCCGCCGAUGUUUCCAAUGGCUCCGGUAUGUCAGGGUCAAGUACAUCCUCAAGCUCCAGAACAGGAGUCGUUGAUGCUGGUGGCUCCUGAAGGUGACCAAAAAGGAGGCGCUGAUGAAGUUCAGCUGCUGGGACUUACAGGUAUUGGGCCAGUAAGGAAGCGGACGCGCGGACAGUCUGGAAAUUCUCAGGCUUCGGGGUCGUCGGACCAAAGUGGCAGCACAGCGGACCUUAGUGUGUAUAUGGAUGACCCGACCGAUGAGCACCAGGGUGAGCCGAAGCGCGUGCACUUUUGCGGGCAACCGCCCGAGAUUAUCCCGGAUUCUCUGGACGAAGACGACACAAUCGACACGGACUCGGAUCAUGUGCGUGUUCGCGAAGAACUGCGAAGGACAGAACUAUCCAACAGCGAUUGA